CAAUAAACCAUGCAGUUGUUACUUUAAUUAAGUACACUUGUGCUCGCCAAAGGUCUCAUCGUGUCACUUUCUUUUCUACAAUGGACCUCUCACUGUGAUAUUGCAGAAAGUCAACACAAAACGUCAGUGGCUCUCUGUGCGCUCAGAAGAGAAGGAGGAAGCGCAGAGAGAGCAGCGCAGCGAACGCCUGUCUUCUCAACUGAAGGACAAGAUAAAAACUAAAACCCAAACAAACUACCGAAAGGUAACCAUCAGGCGAUCGCAACAAUUUUGAACUCCUCAGCACACGAGAAACGACAUUUGCAACCCAAUUAACGCUUUUACGCGCCAGCAACUUGUGUUGGUUAGUUCAAGUAAAAAUAAGGACACAGAUAGUCUGAGAAUGGCAGACUCGGCGGCGGCAAACAGCGAUGGGGAGGACGGACCCCGCGAGCCCAUGCGGGGCUUCGCGCGCCAGGGAGCCCUCCGUCAGAAGAACGUGCACGAGGUGAAGGACCACAAAUUCAUCGCGCGCUUCUUCAAGCAGCCCACUUUCUGCAGCCACUGCACCGACUUCAUCUGGGGUUUUGGAAAGCAGGGAUUCCAGUGUCAAGUGUGUUGUUUCGUGGUUCACAAACGUUGCCAUGAGUUCGUCACUUUCUCCUGUCCGGGUGCUGAUAAAGGACCUGCAUCAGAUGACCCGAGGUCAAAGCAUAAGUUUAAGAUCCACACGUACUCCAGCCCGACCUUCUGCGACCACUGUGGCUCCCUGCUGUACGGCCUCAUACACCAGGGCAUGAGAUGUGACCACUGUAUGAUGAACAUCCAUAAGCGCUGUGUGGCCAAUGUGCCGAGCCUGUGUGGGACAGACCACACUGAGAGGAGAGGUCGCCUCCAGAUCAGCGCUGAGAUCAAGACUAACGUACUCACUGUUACCAUCAAAGAGGGCAGGAAUCUGGUUCCUAUGGACCCCAAUGGACUGUCAGACCCGUAUGUGAAGCUUAAACUGAUCCCAGAUCCACGCAGUGAGAGCAAACAGAAGACCAAGACCAUAAAGUGCUGCCUCAACCCCACCUGGAAUGAGACCUUUAAAUUCCACCUGAAGGAGUAUGAUAAGGACCGCCGUCUGUCGGUGGAGGUGUGGGACUGGGACCUGACCAGCCGCAACGACUUCAUGGGAUCGCUGUCCUUCGGCAUCUCGGAGCUCCAGAAGCAAGGAGUGGAUGGAUGGUUUAAGCUGCUCUCCCAGGAAGAAGGGGAGUACUUCAAUGUUCCCGUCGCUCCGGAGGGGGAGGAGGGCAAUGAGGAGCUACGGCAGAAAUUUGAGAGGGCUAAAAUUGGUCCAGGCAAGAACACAGAAGGCAAGUCGGCCAACGCUGCAUCCCGGUUCGACUCCAAUGGUAACCAAGAUCGCAUGAAGCUGUCCGACUUUAACUUCCUGAUGGUGCUGGGCAAGGGCAGCUUCGGCAAGGUGAUGCUGGCAGAACGUAAAGGGACAGAGGAGCUCUAUGCUGUAAAGAUCCUGAAGAAGGACGUUGUGAUCCAGGAUGAUGACGUGGAAUGCACAAUGGUGGAGAAGAGAGUGUUGGCGUUGUCUGGAAAGCCCCCGUUCUUAACACAGCUGCACUCCACCUUCCAGUCCAUGGACCGUUUGUAUUUUGUCAUGGAGUACAUCAAUGGAGGAGAUCUCAUGUAUCAGAUUCAGCAGGUCGGCAAGUUCAAAGAGCCCCAUGCUGUAUUCUACGCUGCAGAGAUAGCCAUUGGUCUGUUCUUCCUGCAUCAAAAGGGCAUCAUUUACAGAGACCUGAAGCUGGACAAUGUGAUGCUGGACUGUGAGGGUCACAUUAAGAUAGCUGACUUUGGCAUGUGUAAAGAAAAUAUGCAUGAUGGAAUCACCACCAAGACCUUCUGUGGAACACCAGACUACAUAGCUCCUGAGAUCAUAGCCUACCAACCUUAUGGAAAAUCUGUGGACUGGUGGGCCUUUGGAGUAUUGCUCUAUGAGAUGUUGGCUGGACAGCCUCCUUUUGACGGUGAAGAUGAGGAUGAGUUAUUUCAGUCCAUCAUGGAGCAUCACGUCUCCUAUCCGAAGUCAAUGUCCAAGGAGGCUGUCGCUAUCUGUAAAGGGCUGAUGACGAAGCAUCCAGCGAAACGACUGGGCUGUGGUCCGGAGGGGGAGAGAGACAUCAGGGAUCACAGCUUCUUCCGCUACAUGGACUGGGAGAAACUGGAGCACAAGGAGGUUCAGCCACCAUUCAAACCAAGAGCUUGUGGACGGGAUGCCGAGAACUUUGACCGUUUUUUCACACGCCACCCGCCGGUGCUGACCCCUCCUGAUGAGGAAGUGAUUCAGAACCUGGACCAGGACGAGUUCCAGGGAUUCUCCUUUAUCAACCCGGAGUUCCCAGGAAAUGCUGCUACCACCACUGCCGCCGAGCAGGCUUGAUUUCAGCUCAUGCACGGAUGCAUGGAAUGACACGUGCAAACACAUACACAAUCAGAUUCCCCAGUGUCAACCCUGCAUGCCCUGCACACAUGCACAUACACACAUAUCAACUUCAAAUAUCCCGGAAGUGAUUUGUGCCAUCGGGUCACCAUGACUUCCAAGUGAAAAACAGACAUAUCGCACGCACAAUAACACAUAUUUAUUGUUCACACUGCUGCAACCUGAAUGAUGUAUUGGCCUCUUCUGUGCCGUGUAAAAUGGCCUGAAAGCAUGUAGCACUCUGCUUCAAAAAUAUGUCUGAACUUGAGGUUAUUAGAUUGAAUAUAACCAGAUCCCGUGUUUUUCCAUUCUUCUUCAAGGUGGCAACAUAUUACUCGUUAUCAUGAUUUGAGGCACUGGCUUUCUUCAAGCUUUGUUUUUAAGAACCAAGAAGCUUGGAAGUUGAUUCUGACUCAUUUCAUAUUUGGGGUGAUUUUCAACUUGUGUUGCACACAGUGUGAACAAAGUCUUUGGUUUACCAGACAUCAUCAGAAUAAGGAAUAGAAAUUAAUGGUGACACACAAUUUAAACUGAGGGACAAAAAUUAUACUUGGGAUAUUUUUCUUCUUUCUUGAUAAUUCCGUAGUAAUGCAUUCACUCACACAAAUUCAGUAAAUGUACAACGUAAUUACUAAAUUACAUUACAUUACACUUCAUUUAGCAGACCCUUUAAUCCAAAGCGACUUACAGAGUGAGUAAGAGCAAGUUUCAAUACAAUAGAAAGUUUGGCUAUAACAGAAAAAUUUGACAUGUCCUGAUUUCCCCAACACACACAAAUACACACCUGCAUCAUUCACACGCAAAGGCUCUUCAGCAUUCCAUGUUAUGAAUUUAUUUUUGAUGGAAAUUGUGAUUUAACUUUUUUUCCCCAGUCAUUUCCUGGCUAUUCCAGCGCAUUCUGAGUUUGGCCUGUAAUUCUGGUGUGCUUUUUAUUCAGUGUAUAAAAAUAAUAGUGUCUGUAUGUUUAUCCGUGGCUUAGCUAAAACUGGAAUGCUUCACCUACUUGUGCAUGAGUUUCUAUUAUCAAUAAUAGCCUUGGAGUUUGUCUCCUAGCAGCAUUUCAGCAUCUUAUCUUUCUUAUAUUUGCACCCUCAGCUGCCAUUGUGGCUGGUUUUUUUUUUUGUUGUUGUUUGUUUUGUUUUUUUCGAUGGGGGGAGGGGUUCAAAAUAUGUAUUAAAAAAACAUGGUUCGAUUGUACCCAAUGAGAGUGUGGAAAAUGAGAUUUGUCCACAAAUAUCAGAUUUCCUAUGUCUUAUUGGCUGUUAAGCACUUGGCUCAUGAUAGUAAAAUGCUGUUGGGAAAUAGUAGUCUUAUAUAGGCUUUAAGUCAGUUAGAUAGAUUAGAUAAUACUACUUCUUAUACUCUGAUUUUCUGUUAUCUAGUAUUCAAGCAAUGAAAGAAACUAGCAGUUAGUUUCUUUGUGUUUUACAAAUGCAUGAUUCCGAUACCUGGGCGUUUGUUUACAGCGUAUGUGUGUGUGUUUGUGUGCAUAUUUAUGUUUUAUAUGUGUGUGAGCAAGUACUGCGUAUGAAAACACACAUUUGCAUUUUGGUAUGUGUCCACACCUGCCCAGCGCCUUGCCUGGCCUCGUGUUAACAUUUGUUUGUAUGGUGACUGUUUGCAUUGGAAGAGAAAAUAGAAAAGGUGGGAAGCAGAGAAGUAAAAAAGCUGCUUUCCUGGAAAAAUUCUUGAUACUGAAAUUGAAAUAAAUAAUAUGAAGCUUCAGUAAAUGUCAAAAAGAGAUUGGUGAGACACUGGAGACAAUUAGUGAUUACUUGGAGUCUUAAUGAAGGAUGUACAUAAGUUAGUGUCGUCUUAAAACUCAUGUUUGAGUCAGCAUUGACGUUUGGUAGUAUGAAUGCCACCUCGAUAGUUCCUGGAAAGCACGACCUCAGUACUAGUGAUGUCUUGUGGGCUAUAGGGUUUAUUGCCUGGAAAUUAAAGCUGAAACCAGUAAUAUCUGAGAAUCUGAAAAGGUUCCUAGACCUGGAAAAAGUUUCUGUGGUAGAAAAAUGGAUUUCAAAGAGAGAAACAGACCAAUAGACAUCAAUUUAUGUGGUCUAGUUUUUUUGUUUUCAGGAUCGCAGAAAGGAUUUGAGGCUCAACUCACUGUGAUUGAUGCUUUUAAAGUAGCACAACAAGAAUUUCCAUCCAAAGUACAGCAAAUGUGGACACAGGUUAAAGGCUUUCCGAAGCAGGAAGACAUGUUGUCUCUGUGUGUGUGUGUUUUGUCAUUUGUUUUCCCUCACUAGCAAUAAUAUUGUUGACAGGAAGGCAGAAUUGUUAGUGAACCGACCCUCUCCUCUGAGGCUUGUUGAUAGGCAUAUUAAUCCUGGCCAAAGAGAAAAAUGGACCUAAUACAUUUGGAUGCAGCUACAGUUGGAGUUGGAGGUGGCUGCGGUGCUUCCUCAUAUUGCACUCCUGUUCAUCACAGGUGGACAUCGGGGCAGUUUUUUUUCUUCAAAGUUGCCACAUUCAGUAUCACAGGUGUUCAUCAAUAGUUAUGGCAUGAAGUUGUCUAUACAGUAUCUGCAGGAGACAUUCACUUGAACAGUUAUCUGUCAUGCUACCAGCUAUUGGAGUCACAGUGGUCUCCACAAGCAGGACCAGUGACAUUAUCAUGAAGAUACUGAUAUCUACAGUAAAUCAAUGGAAGAUAAUGAGAGUUCAGUGUACCCACAGUAAUUAGUAUUGAAUUAGAAUAUAAUGAUUGUUUCAACAGAGCAUUUUUUUAAAUUGAGAUUCCUAAAAUAUCUGUGGCAACUUCAAUGCAGAAGGUAGAGACAAACUUGUGUUACUGUCUUCCAGACUUGAAUAUGGCAUAAGCUUUAAAUACCAGAAACAUGCUGAAAAAUGUCACCUGCAUCUGCACUUCAAGUCCAAAAAAAGGCACAGAAACAUUUGAAAGAUGUAAUUUGGCAGGACACUAGCAGUUUGUGCUGUGCUCUUUCCUGGCCAGUGGAGCAGAUGGUAUAGUGUUAGCAGAAAGCUGAGGGAGCAAAGGCCUGAUCCCACUGGGAAUGGCAAGAAUUCAGACUGAAAAGCCAGGCUCUGAACAUGUCCAAGUUCCCCUAGUUGCCUCAAUGCAACUAGGGGAACUUAAUGUUCUUAAUGUUCUCUUUCUCUCUCUCUCCCUCUCUCUCUCUCACACACACACACAGAUACACACACACUGUAAUGCACUUCAAUGGAACAUUUGUCUUUCUGGUGGAGACCUGUUAGGUGAAGUCAGUUGACAGCUUGUUUUAAAUCAAAAGAAAGUAAUAACUGAUUUAGGGAACGUUAUAACUGAUAUCUGGAUAAAGUUGGUCCUGUUUGUUAUCUCUGUCUUAAACUUUAAACUCACAACACGGACGAGCAGUUUUAGAGAUUAAAUCUAAAGUUACAUUUGUGUCUGUUAUCUGUGUCAUACCUGUGUCAGUAUUUGUUACAGUCAGUGUCUCCUGUAUUAUCACAACAGCAAAUAACUAUAUAUACAUAUACAUAAACAUAAAUAUAUAGCUGUGUCAAAUGAUGAUAUAUCCAUAUAGUUAUACACCAUGUGGUCAGUAUUGCAAAGAAUGAGAAGUCCUAUUGCAGGAUUCGUGUUUUUGUUUCUAUCAUUCCAUCCUGCUGAAAGAGAAGCAAAAUGAACUCUGCAUGAAAAAUGCUGUUUUUACCUUUUUAUUAGUUAGGAUUUAUAUACAUUUAACAUAUUAGGGUGAUUCAUGUUUUCUGUGCAAGCAGUGCUGCAAAAGUGUGAUCUAAGCUACUGUUGUGUGCGCUAUGUGUGAAAAAAGGAAAUAUAUCUUUAAAAAAAGAAAAAAUAUGCUUUCCACAAUGCUUUCCAUGUGCCAAUUUUUUUGUUUUCCAGGAAAAUCAGGCAUAACUUAUAAUAAAGGACUCAAAAGAUGUAUUAGGGGA